CUUUACAAUGGAAUUACAAUAAGAAUAAUUUUCACAAUCCUCUCGCUUAAUUCUUGCUCUAAUAAGCUGCACGUUGUUGGUGAAAUACGUGACGGAUUGUCUUGUAAAAUGAUGCAACAUUAAUGAAAACACAAGAUCAAUCAGAAGAAAAACGACAAAAAAAGUGCAAAAGGAGCCAGAAAUCCGCAGCCCGAACAACACGGAGACAGAAACAGCGCAAAUGUUCAUACAGGAAACAUCUCUGCAGGAUUUUUUAAAAUCUCCUCUUGGGUUAAUUGUAGGACUGCGCUAAUUACCGUGAAGCUGUAAACCCCUCCUGCUGGCAGCAGAUUGGUCAGGUCCGGACGGACCCCAGUGCCCUGACCCUGCCCGCUGCGGCGGGGCCAUGUAUAAAACUCGGGGGCCCCAGGCCGACAGCUGCUAUGAUAUCAGGAAUCAAACAUCACUUCUUCUUCUUCUUGUUCUCCUUUCUUCUUCGCCGUUGCCUGAACAUUUGACAUCGACUGAAAACGAGCUGUUGGUUUCAGCUCUGCUCUGGGUUGGACUCACUCAUGGAGCUGUCGGAUAUUUCCUUCUCCCUUCCCUCUGCUGAUGACUUCUAUGAUGACCCCUGCUUUAACACCACUGACAUGCACUUCUUCGAGGACCUGGAUCCGCGGCUGAUGCAUGUGGUCCCGCUGAAACCCGAGGACUCCUGCUCCCCCUCCUCUUCUUCCUUGUCUUCAUCAUCGUCCUCACCGUGCUCCCACCUGCACCACGAGCUCCAGCACCCGGAGGCAGAGGACGACGAGCACGUCCGCGCCCCCAGCGGGCACCACCAGGCGGGCCGGUGCCUCUUGUGGGCCUGCAAGGCUUGCAAGCGGAAGACCACCAACGCGGAUAGGCGGAAGGCGGCAACGAUGCGUGAACGCCGGAGGCUCAGCAAAGUGAACGAGGCCUUCGAGACACUGAAGCGCUGCACGACGGCCAACCCCAACCAGAGGCUUCCCAAGGUGGAGAUUCUGAGGAACGCCAUCAGUUACAUCGAGUCUCUGCAGGCGCUGCUGCGCGGCGGCCAGCAGGAGGGCUUCUACCCAGUGCUGGAGCAUUACAGCGGGGACUCGGACGUGUCCAGUCCUUGCUCCAACUGCUCCGAUGGGAUGAUGGAUUUUAACGGACCGAGCAGAACAAGAAGCUUUAAUAGCAGCUCUUUCUUCUCUGAGACGCCAAACGCUGGUCCGAAGACGGGUCGCAGCUCGGUGGUCUCCAGUCUGGACUGCCUGUCCAGCAUUGUGGAGCGGAUCUCCACGGACGGCAGCGGCCUGCAGCCCGGGCCUGAAGCCUCCAGCUCCACGGCCUCCUCAGGUCCGCUCAGCGAGGCAGGAAAGGCCCGAGAGUCCACUCAGAUCCCCUCCCCCCCCCACAACCAGGACCCAAACCUCAUCUACCAAGUCCUAUAGAACCUCCUGCUCAGCACAGCUGGAAAAUAACACGCUGCCUUGUUGUAGAGUUCUUACUGGAAAACACGUACUGUAACAAAAUGCCCUCAUUAUUCUGCUUUUAAAGAGUCAACAGCUGUGAGGCAUCCAUCAUGUCAAAGGAAGAAAAAACUCAUUCAACUCGAAAUUUUUUAUAUUAGUUUUGAAAUUGAAUUCAAUGUGAUUUUAUAUUUCAGUAGUCUUAAUUGAAACUUUAAAGAUAUUAAUGAACCUCAAUUUUUUUUCCAAUUAAAAAUCUAAAAACUAAGUGAAUAGACCAUUAUUAUUAUUAUUAUUAUUAUUAUUAUUAUUAUUAUUAUUAUUAUUAUUAUUAUUAUUAUAUGUACUUUUUUCAUCCCUGUUGAAGAGGUAACUAAGUAGAAACCUGUCACUACUUUGGUACCAGAAGGUUGAUUGUAUAAAUGCAAAACUAAGAAGAAUAAUUUAUUUUUUCACCACAGAUGAUUAUUCCACUUUUUGGGUUAAGUGAGUGGAUUCAACAUUAUUCUACUAAUAACUUUUUUUUCUAUUUAAGUUAUAUGAAAAAAACAACUAAUUUUGUUCCAUCUGAUGAAACAAGUCUGAAAAGCAUGCAGUAACAUUCCUCCACUCUCAUUCUUCCUUCUAAAGUCCUGAAGGCUCCAGUAGAUCUGAAAAUACAAGAACAACAAAAACCUGCAGAGAAAAUCUACUGACAAAACAAGAGAGACCGCAGUUGGAGAAGUAAUCUACUGUUUGUGUUUUAUUGUUUGGUUUUAAACUCCUGAAGUCUUCGUCAGGACCAUUCAGUUUUUUAUUUAGUUCUUGUUUCUCUACAUAUCGUGUAAAUAAGAGCCGAUUUGUUUCAUGUAUUUCUUGUAUUUAAUGUUCCUGUUUUAUUGUUUGUUGUGAAAAGAUGGCCACCUUUAUAUUUAUACUGCUGAAAAUUGUGUGAAAUUUUGAAGAAAAAUAAAUCC